AUGGGAGCCUGCAAGGUGAUGAAAAUAGUGCUAAAGGUGGAGCUCUAUUGCCUUAAGUGCAAGUUCGUCGUGCUGAAAGCAAUAACGAAACUAAUGGGAAUCGACAAGAUAGAGAUCGACAUGGAGAAAAGCACGGUGACGGUGACCGGUGAGGUUGACGCGGUGGCCGUAGUCCAGCAAGUCAGGAAGCUCGGGAAGAUGGUGGAGAUUGUCACGGUGGGGGAAGAUAAGAAGGAGGAGGUAGUGAAACCCAGCAAUCCCCUCGAAUGCUGUAAAACGUGCCAGCACAUCUCCGUCAAGGUUGUGGAGUACGGAGGAUGCGCCAUCAUGUGA